AAUCAAAGUUAUAAAUUAAAUGAGAAAACUAAUGUGUAUAAUAUUUGGCAAAUUUCAAGUGGGAAACAAUCAUUUCACGGUAUCUAUGGCAUAAGAUUAACUUUGAAUGUAAUAAAUGGAAAAGGGGAAGAAGUUGUCGAUGACACUCCUACCAA